AUGGAGCAACUGGAAGAAAGUAUGGGCAGAGCCUUGUUUGCAGGCGCUGUGGCCGGCCUGGCUGUCGAUUUAAGUCUUUAUCCAAUUGACACGCUUAAAACUAGGUUACAAAGUGCAAAGGGCUUUGUAGCUGCUGGGGGCUUCCGGCACCUUUAUCAAGGAAUGAGUUCUGUUGCCGUCGGUUCAGCUCCUGGCUCUGCUCUGUUUUUUUGCACCUACGCGGCCACAAAUAGACUCUUUCGGGAACAAACUCCCUUAACGAAUGCAUUGGCAGCAAGUGUAGCGGAGAUCGUUGCAUGUGCUGUUCGUGUGCCUACAGAAUUGGUGAAACAGAGAGCGCAGUCGAAGGAGGGGCAUCAGAUUUCUCGUAUUUGUCACUUAAUUCUAAAGAAUGAAGGUUUAUUCGGGUUUUACCGGGGAUACUUCAGUACGGUUUGCCGCGAAAUACCGUUUUCACUAAUUGAGUUUCCUCUGUGGGAGGGGUUAAAAAGAGUUCUUGUAAGACGUUUGAAACGAAAAUGCAGUCCCUUGGAAUCAGCAGCUUGUGGUUCCAUAGCAGGAAGUAUUGCUGGAGCAGUAACAACUCCUUUAGACGUUGCAAAAACUCGGAUAAUGUUGAAUGAAAGCCCAGUUCGACCUACAAUAUGGUCAACACUUUUGCAGAUUUUUCGCCAUGGAGGUUUCGUUGAGUUGUAUUCCGGUGUUUUGCCGAGAAGCGCUUGGUUAGCACUCGGAGGUUUUAUAUUUUUUGGAGCUUAUGAAAAUGCUUUAAAGCUAACUUUUUAUGUAUUUCCAAGCUGA